GCAGCCUAACAAAGCCAAACAAGGUAGGUAACUGAGCAUUGCAACCUGCGGCUAUUCCAACCACGAUAAACCACAUCACAUAUGUCGUCCGCGAAUUUGGAUCGAGCAAUAGAGAUCGUACAACGGGCAAUAGAAGAGGAUACCAAGGGAAAUUAUCCGGAGGCUUACAAACAAUACCAGAAUGCUCUCGAUUACUUUAUGCUCGCUCUCAAGUACGAGUCAAACGUGAAGUCGAAACAGCUGAUUCGAGCAAAGAUCACUGAAUACUUGGGACGCGCCGAGACGUUGAAGGAACAUAUACAACAGGGUGAUGAUAAGAAGGCGAAGAGAGCAGUCGGUGUGAAUGGGACUCCUAACGGUGGGACAGGUGGUGCAGGAAAGAAGAAGGGCAGCGACGAUGAAGAACAAGAUCCCGAGGUGAGGAAACUCCGAGCAGGACUUACGAGUGCUAUCAUCUCGGAUAAGCCGAAUGUCAAGUGGGAUGAUGUCGCUGGUCUCGAAGCUGCCAAAGAAUCUCUCAAGGAAGCCGUCAUCCUUCCGAUCAAGUUUCCUCAUCUGUUCACUGGCAAGCGAACACCAUGGCGAGGGAUCUUGCUAUAUGGGCCUCCGGGAACUGGAAAGUCCUAUCUUGCGAAAGCUGUUGCGACUGAGGCGAAGGGCACGUUCUUCAGUGUCAGCUCUAGUGAUCUUGUCAGCAAGUGGCAGGGUGAUUCCGAAAGAUUAGUGAGGCAGCUGUUUGAGAUGGCGAGAGAGAACAAACCUUCGAUCAUCUUCAUUGACGAAGUCGAUUCCCUCGCUGGUACUCGUAACGAAUCCGAGUCUGAAGGUUCGCGACGGAUCAAGACGGAGUUCUUGGUGCAGAUGAAUGGUGUUGGACAUGAUGAUACCGGAGUUUUGGUCCUUGGUGCGACGAAUAUACCCUGGCAACUUGAUAAUGCUAUCAAACGAAGAUUCGAGAAGAGAAUAUAUAUACCUCUGCCUGGUCCCGAAGCUCGACGCCAGAUGUUCAAAUUGCACGUCGGUGACACUCCAUGCGAGCUUACACCACACGAUUACCGUCUACUAGCAGAGAAGACCGACGGCUACUCAGGGUCGGAUAUCUCCAUCGUUGUGCGAGACGCCCUCAUGCAACCAGUCCGCAAAGUCCUAUCAGCCACUCACUUCAAACGCGUACCGUGUCCAACACAAGACAAUCCCGACAAGAUGAAAUGGACACCAUGUUCUCCGGGUGAUCCAGACGCUCAGGAGAAGUCAUGGUCAGACAUUGAAGGCGACGAACUUAUGGAGCCCCCAUUGCGAGUUACGGAUUUCUUGAAAUCGUUGGAGACUACACGACCGACGGUGACUGCGGAAGAUAUUAGGAAGCAUGACCAGUGGACGUUAGAAUCGGGUAAUGAGGGUGCAUAGUGCUGCGAUGCGCAUCUGUAUGAUGUAAUAUUAUUUUGGGGUAUGCAAUGGAUAUUCGUACAUAUGGCAUUGGAUUAUUCGUCGCUUCCUGAUCUCGUUCGAUAUUGGUACUCCUGCACGAUACACUGACCCCAAAUAUACCUCAACGGCUCCCCGAUUUAUGUCUCUCAUUAUAUAUCUCAUUCAACUUUAUCAAGGCAACCGUUGAGACAAAGACUGCUAUAUCCUAACGUUCUGAAUGAAAGAAAUAUACGAUUGUCUUAUUUUGCGCCCCAG